CUCACCUCCCUCUUGCGUUCUCGCGGACAACACACGUACACCUUCUGAUCGAGCUUCCAAUAAUCUUUCUCACAAAACCCACACAAACAUCGUCACAACAGAAGCAUUAUGGCUGACUCGGCCGUGAACUUCGUGGUGGGCCGACUGGGAGAGUUCGUGGUGAAGGAGGCUGCGUUGCUCCAAGAGGUGGGCAACGACGUGAUGCUGCUCAAAGACAAGCUCCAAUGGCUGCAGAUGUUCGUCCAGAUGGCGGACCACGAGCGCCGGCAGGCGGGCGGCGGCGCCUACAAGGACGUGUGGGUGCAGCAGACGCGGGAGGUGGCGCUGGAGGUGGAGGACGUGCUGGACGAGUUCAUGCUCCGCGUCGACAUAGAGCACGCGCUGCCCCUCUGGAACAAGUUGCUCAAGAUCCUCUCCACCUGCGGCACCCAGAUAUCCGUCCGCCAUGCCUUGUCAAGGAGGAUCUCCAUGAUCAGAGCAAGGCUGGAGCAGAUCUCCCAGCACAGAAAAGACUACAUCCCAGACGAGCAGUCUCCCCCAGCUGCAAAGGCGGCGCCGUCUCCGUCCAUAACCACAACGGAUGGCUGGGAUGACGAGCCGAGAACUGGCUUCACCGAGGAAAGUUCAUCGCUGGAGCACAUGCUUAUCAGCGGUGAUACGAAGAGAUCGAUCGUGUCGAUCGUCGGGGAGAGUGGCAUUGGCAAGUCCACUCUUUUACGGAUGGUGUUGGACAGAGAUGUGGUCAAGAAGCACUUCGAUGCUCAUGCUUAUUGGCUGAAUCUCCCACCACGCACUACAAAGGCCGAUGCACUAUGCCUGAUUUACAAGCGCGUGUGCCCUUCUGCUCGUUCCCCCGUGACCGAGGAAAAAAUUCGUGGUGCCCUCAAAGAGUAUCUUGAGGGCAAACGUUAUGUGAUUGUGUUGGAUGGUAUGGAUAAGCUCUUUAAUUGGAGUUCUGUGCUGAGCGUCCUGCCUGACGAUGACCUUGGAAGCAGGGUGGUUAUCAUGGAUGCCCUCUGUGGCAAUGAAGCUACAAUUACAGGGGUUCGUGUACUCAGAGUACCCCAUCUCAAUAACGAAGAGAGCCACUACCUGUUCUGUCGUCAUGCUCUUGGGAGUGGUAACAAGCACCUCAGCAAGUCUUUUGGCAGUAAAGACUUGUCAAACAGAGAAUUCAACAAGAAAAUAAUGGACAAGGUGCUUAAGAUAACAACCGGCUUUCCUUUGGCAAUCCAACUUUUAGGUCGGCUCCUUCGGCGAAAGGAGUUCCCCGACCAGUGGAUAAAUGUGCUCAACCAUCUCAACGACAUGGAGCGGUCUAGUCGUCUCGAGCGCAUAUUGGCACUAAGCUUUGAUGAUCUUCCACAUUCUUUGAAGUUGUGUUUCUUGUAUUUUUCCAUGAUGCCACUGAACAUAAACUACACUGCAGCGGUGUUGGUGAGGCGAUGGGCUGCCGAGGGAUUCCUCAAGCCAAAUAAGGGAGAAAGCAUGGAGGAUGUUGGGUACAAUUAUCUGAAAGAGCUUAUUUCAAGAGGUAUGCUGAAUAUAAGUUGGAAGGGACCCUUAACCUCUAAAGGGUUGAUCCGAAGUGUGUUUAUCCAUCGGCGGCUUCAUUCCAUGGCACGGUUAGAAACACAAAAGGGUAGUUUCCUUGAUAUCUAUGACAGUACUGACAUCCCAUCAUCGGCAGUUGUUCGCCACCUCUUCAUCAAGAACUUCAGGAAUGUUGCCGACAUCCAUAAGGAUGCUCCUUUUCCUAAGCUACGGUCCUUAAGGUGUCACUUCUCCAAUCCGGAGCCUGUCCGAUACCACUUCUCUGAGUAUUGGAAGAUUGUAAGAUGCAACUCUCCUGAGUACUUGAGGUGUGAUUCGGCAGCAGGUGGUGGGGAUGCUACCGCUAUCAAUGUUGAUCAACCAAACCACUACUAUUCUCUCAAACAUCUAUUAAGAUCCAAGCUACUGCGAGUGAUCGAGCUACGAGGAUUGCAACUAAAAAAGCUACCUCGCGCAAUCGGUGACUUGGUCCAUCUAAGGUACCUGUGCAUCCGGAGUAGCAGCCUGGUAGAGCUGCCAUCAACAAUUGCAAAACUAUCUAACCUACAGACGUUGGACAUACAGGAAACUGGCAGGGUGCAGAAAGUUCCACAAGCAUUCUGGUUGAUACCAACGCUACGACAUGUUCUAGCAGAAAAGCUAACACUACCCAACUCAGUUGGGUUGCUCAAGAACAUGCAAACACUCCGGGGCGUGGUCGUCUGUGCUCAUCCAUGGCACAAAAAUAAGAGCCCGUUGCACAAAAUGGUUAAUCUUCGACGCUUGGAGAUCUCGGGGUUGAAGGAUCACCACUGGGUCAUCCUUUUGGAUGCGUUCGAGAGGUUGGAGUCGCUCAUUCGCUUGCACCUCAAGGCCAGUAGGGGUGACACCAUCCCAAUCACUCUAUUCACGAGAUCUAGCCUGCGGCAUCUACAACUCCUAGAGCUACACGGAAGGAUCGACAUGUUAGCUGAAGGGGCAGAAGCUCCGUUUGCGCUGGAAAACCUUAGCUGGUUGCUUCUCAAGUCUUCAUUGGUGGGCCAAGACUUCAUCGACAAGUUAGGCACGCUCCCGCGCCUUGCGGAGCUAGUGUUGUCGAACGAAGCAUUUCAAGGGAGAGAGCUUGUUUUCUCCCAUGGAGGAAGUGGGUUUGGCAACCUGACGGACCUUUUACUCCGUGAGCUCAGUGAAUUGGAAGAGUGCAAGAUCGAUCCGGCCCUUACAAAACUGAAGAAACCUGAAGUGGUGAGCUGCGCCAUGAUGAAGCAAUAGCUUGUUGGAGGGGAACAAGUAGUAACGGGGCCUAUCGGGGAAUUGGAGGUAGUUGCUUCAGUUGAAACUCUAUGACGGGAGUAUAUAUUACUGUACAUAUGUUAAUUAGCUGUUUAUACUAUUAUAUCUGUUCGUUUCAUUCCUAGUUUUUCCAACUUACAAGUAUGUAC